UGUGAAUUUGAUCAACGUGGUGAUGCGCCGUAACGUUAACCUGAUCACAACGGAUUGCUGCACGGCCUGCAUGGUAGAGACGACAUGCUGCUUGAUAUGUAAGGCCUGCACCACGCGCUGCUGGACGGUUGUACCUCGUUACAGCUCCUCGUUAGGAAUAACGAUCUCGCCAGAUUCACAAUGAAGUCGAAUAAAAACUUAAAUAGUGGUGGACUGUGGGGAGAGUUGCCAGCACGAGAGAUGCUCAAGCAGGAGGUGAUAACGCCAGAUCUGAUAGAAAACGUUUGGCGACAGGUAAUCGAUGACUCAAACAGCACUGACUGCGACUACCGGAUUGAUCGGCAACCCGAAUACUUGCAAUUACCAGUAGGAAAUCUACAUGUCCUGAACACUAUAAAUCUUCAUCAACAAUUGCGUACAAUGGAAGAAGGAACCGUGCUUGGAAACAUGACCGUCGUAGAGUCGCAGGAUUUAAAAGACGCAACAAGUUCUAGGAGUCCCUUUCACUUUCUGCCUUAUCAAUCAAAUGGGGACAUGUCGUUUAAAGAUAGUUCCACUAUACAUCACUUGACGCCACAAACCACGCGGAAUUUGUUGAGGCACGCAGUGACCACUUUAUUGGCGCACAUAGGAUUCGAAAAUUCGUCGGAUGUGGCCAUAGAAACGCUUAUCGAUGUCGCGGAUCAUUUUCUCAGGCGGAUGACUCUUCUGCUAAAAGUCGCGACUGAACAAAGGGAACAUGGAUUUCCUGACGCUAUGGAGAGAGUGUUGGUGGAGACAGGUGUGGGAGGUGUGUCGGCAUUGUACGAUCACUACCAGGAGUACGUUCUGAAGUUCGAGGAGAACACGAGGAGAAAAGUCGAGGAAGCGAUGGAAAGACAAAGGAUGGUCCUGGACGAGGCGGCCAGCAAGCUGCAGUUCGAGGACCUGGACGAGUUCAAUAACGUGUACCGGGAGGUGCCAACGUUGCAGUUGCUUGAUCCGGAAAUGGGAUUUCCCCCCAGCCUGGACGCUGGCUUUCAAAUGCUCUAUAGUCUCGAACAGGACGAGUAGGGUUUCCCUCGCGCGCAUACGCACGCCCGAUUCUGGAUCAGAUUAAUAAUCUUGUUACUUCCAGAUUGAAUAGCACGGAAGAUGGAGAGGAGGUGAAUGUGAUCGACUCUGUGAACAUAGAGUUAUGAUUAAAUGUAUCUACUAGAUAAAAAAAAAAAGAUCUUGAUGUAUCCUAUAAAUGGGAAUUACAUAAAUUCGAAAAUUAAAUAAA